CGCAUCUGGCAUGCGGAGUGUCAUCCACAAUUGGUCUUUGCCUUCCUGCUCCCCCUUCCCGAAACAAUUCCUUCUCGUGUGUGAAAGCAAUGCCUCGACUACCCGAAAGAUGGGGCUGUUCGGAAUGAUAAACAUUCCUCGAAUCCUUCGUUGGCAAUUACAAUUGAAUCUACUCUGUCCCAUUUCGCUCAAUCUUCUUCUUCUACUGUCUGCCAUCUCACAAUCUUGCGUGUCUAUAUCACCUGUGCUUCUCGUGUACAAAGCCCUACAGCUACCCACAACCCUCAUCCGAUCGUGACGUCGACUUGGUUGUUUCCAUUUCCCCGGAUUUGAAAAUCUCGCGUGCUUUGCUCUUCAACCAACUUCCUACUCUACCGACAACAUGGCUGCCAACGGUAACGGCGAGUCCAAUGGCUACACCACUGGCACGGGCUCUGAGAAAAUCAACACCGAGAUUGUCACCCUCACACGCUUCCUGACUGAAGAGCAAUCAAAACACAAGGAAGCAACUGGUGACUUUACACUACUAUGCCACGCCCUCCAGUUUUCCUUCAAAUCCAUCUCCUACUACAUCCGUCGAGCCACAUUGAUCAACCUGACCGGUCUGGCCGGCUCUUCAAACACAACCGGUGACGACCAGAAGAAGUUGGAUGUCAUUGGAAAUGAUCUGUUCGUUGCCGCCAUGAAAGGCUCCGGAAAAUGCAGAGCACUGGUCUCGGAAGAGGAGGAGGAUAUCAUAUACUUUGACGAAAGCCCAAAUGCGAGAUACGUAGUCGCCUGCGACCCAAUUGACGGUUCGAGUAACCUCGACGCUGGUGUCAGUGUGGGCACGAUCUUUGGUAUCAUGAAGCUGCCGGACAGCGUUGUCGGAGAGAAGCCUAAGCCCGAGGAUCUUCUGAUGCCAGGAACGGAGUUGAUUGCUGCUGGAUUCACCAUGUACGGUGCCUCGGCUCAACUGGUCAUCACCAUGAAGGGUGGUACGGUCAACGGCUUCACCUUGGACAACUCUCUGGGUGAAUUCAUCCUCACACAUCCCGACAUGCGCAUCCCCAGUAAACGGGCAAUCUACUCGGUCAACGAAGGAAACAGCUCUUAUUGGGACGACAAGACGAAAGCAUACUUUGAGUCUCUAAAGUAUCCCGCGAAAGAAGGUGGCAAGCCCUAUUCGGCACGAUACAUCGGGUCAAUGGUUGCAGACGCAUACCGGACGCUCCUGUACGGCGGUAUCUUCGCAUACCCUGCCGACAAGAAGAGUCCCAAGGGCAAGCUGAGAAUCUUGUACGAAUGCGCGCCCAUGGCGAUGGUCAUGGAGAACGCAGGUGGGAAGGCGGUCAACUCGAAGAUGGAGAGGAUGCUGGAAGUCAAGCCUACGAGCAUCCACGACCGAUCGGGUAUCUUUAUGGGCAGUCCCGAGGAGAUGGAUAAGGUUCUUGAGGCGCACAAGUAGGGGAUUAUACUCAAGUUGAUUUUAUUUGUAUGGUUAGAGACGACAAAAGUAAGAAUGAUGUGGUGAGGAUCAAGUUCGAAGAGUGAUGAUGAUGGGUAUUUUGAGUGUGGGUAUCUAUACCCUGUGAACAGCAUGGUCGAUAUGUCAGGAUGCGAAUAUGACGAUGAUGGACCCAAGGAGGCAGCUGGGGAGUUAUUUUCAUUAUCCAUUAUAGUUGUUUCCACGAAAUUGAAACGGAUGCAAAGAAGACAUUGACAGUGGAUACGAAAGCGGUCAAAUAUAUAUCAAUUUACGAGAAGAGUAUUGUUA